AUUUGCUCCCUGUACCCCCCCUCACACACACAGUGUGUUGGCUGGGAAGGGGACAGUCCAGGGAACAACAGGGAUUAUUAUUGUCUACCUGCUUGGAAAGGAACUAUUUUCCUCUUUGGGGAUUCUUAUAAAAAGGAGACCAUGAGCAGCAACUACAAUGUCACUCUGUCAGGCCCCGCCCCCUGGGGCUUCCGGCUGCAAGGUGGAAAAGACUUCAACAUGCCGCUCACCAUCUCAAGGCUGACAGACGGUGGGAAAGCGGCCAAAGGCGGCAUCGCCAUCGGAGAUAUGGUUCUGUCCAUUGACGGUAUUGCGACUGAGGCAAUGAACCACCUGGAGGCCCAGAACAAGAUCAAGGCCUGCGCUGGUAACCUCAGCCUCACCCUACAAAAAGUCUCCACUGCUCCCAAACCCCCUCCGGUAGCACCCAAGGUGGAUCGAUCAGACAUCGUAAAACCCGUGGCCGUCACGCAGCCGCUUUCCCCGCCCUAUCCCAGCCCCUCCCCUCCCAGCAAAACCCUACCCAGAUCAUCAGAUCCUUCCUUGCGGUUUGCCGCCUUCAUUCCAUCCCCGUCAUCGGCCUUCUCGAGUCUUCCUCCUCCGCCUCCUCCUCCCGCUUAUAUGUCCUUGCCGCCCGUCGUCGUCCCACCCCAGCCGUCCGUGUAUAACACUCCGAUCCACCUCUACUCCACUGAGAAUGCGUGUGAGGUGGCCAUGGGGCAAAGGCGGGGCUUGUUGGAGAGUCAGUGCGAAGCUUUUCCGGUGCACUCGAAUGGACCCCCCAGGAAACACAUUGUGGACACAGAUAUCCACUUCUACCACGUGCCCACUCAUGCUGAUGCCAGCAGGAAGCGCAUCACGCAGGAUACAGAGGACUGGCGUCCACGCACCGGCACCACCCAAUCCAGAUCCUUCAGGAUCCUGGCUCAGAUCACGGGUACUGAGCACGCUCAAGAAGAAGAAGCGUCAGACAAAGCCAAGAAGACAAAUGAAGAAGAGCCAGAACCCAGCAGCCAUGAGACGGCGACUGUCAAGACGAUGAUAAAAACACCCACAGCAACCCACGGGAUCAAUCCCCAGUCUGGUUUAACUACACCAUCCUUUGGUAUGAAAUCUAACGGCACUGCGCCCAAGUGUCCCGUCCCGGUUCGACCUGUGCCUCAACCGCACCCUAAAGACGAGGACACUCUGGUCCAAAUGGCGGAACACUUUCCUGCCGGGACUCGAACGCCCAUGUGCGGACACUGCAACAUGGUCAUCAGGGGGCCAUUUCUGGUAGCUAUGGGCAAAUCGUGGCAUAAAGAAGAGUUUAACUGCGUCCACUGCCACACGUCUCUGGCAGACAUCGGCUUUGUGGAAGAACAAGGUCGUGUUUACUGCGAGCACUGCUACGAAGAGUUCUUUGCUCCCACCUGCAGCCGCUGCCAGGCUAAGAUACUCGGGGAGGUGAUAAACGCUCUCAAGCAGACGUGGCACGUCCACUGCUUCCUGUGCGCUUCCUGUCAGCAGCCAAUAAGAAAUAACACCUUCCACCUGGAGGAUGGGGAACCUUACUGCGAACAAGACUUCUACAGUUUGUUCGGCACCGGCUGCCAUGGUUGUGAGUUCCCCAUCGAGGCAGGAGAUAAGUUCUUGGAGGCUCUGGGCUACACAUGGCACGACACCUGCUUUGUUUGCACCGUGUGCUGCACUACUCUGGAGGGCCAGACCUUCUUCUCCAAGAAGGACAAACCUCUUUGCAAGAAACAUGCCCAAACACUAAAAAUAUAGAUUUUUUUUGUGGUCAUGUUAUGAAAAUAACAGCUUAGAGAAGACCUUUAGGAAAGCAAACACUAAUAUUUCCAAUAUAUUAAUAUUGGUGUAUUAAACAUAUUUCGUGAAAUCAUGAGACAUGUUAAUAAUAUUACAUACAUACAUUACAUUUAGAGUUUUAAAAAAAAAAUGUAUUAUUUACCAACUUUGUCAACUGUUGCAACAAAAUUAAA